UGGGAGUAAAGUUAUAAAUGGUGGUUAUGACCAAGGCUUCACACUGCUGUUGAUCGGAUUGUGGCCGCAGGAUGCGUCAAAGGUUUCACAGAAGUCGGAAACACAAAGGUUGAUUGUUUUGAGGUGGCAUGUCCCUUAGGCAAUAAAGAUUAAGUGGCACCUUCGAAAGUUUUUCUAUAAAGAAUCGGCUAAGUUGUUGGCUUUUUAUUGGGGUAUGGCUCUAGAAAUUGUUUAUACCCGUAAAGUAUUUAACUUUAGAUCUUAAAAGAAGUAAAUCCUUCGGACCAAGAUGUUCACCGCUUGAGCCAAAUAUGAGCUAAACGCUAAAUAAUAUUUUUAGCUAAAAUAAUUUUCAUUGAAUUUAAAAAGAAAAAAAAAAAAACAUUUUAGAGAGAAACGAACCAAGCGUAAAUAGAUGGGACAAGAGAAGUAUGAGACAUAUGAAUCUACCAAUUGAAUGGAGGCAGCGGAGUACUUCUCCAAGGACUUCGAGUGGGAGGAGCUGAAAGCAGAGGUCGAAAACGACUCUUCGUUUCGCUUCCACUUGCUCCCGUUCCAACCUCCAAAUCGCCCUUCUCAAACGGCAACAGAAGACGAUUCAGCGGCAUGGAAGAGAUUUCACAUCCGUCACUCCUCCGGCAAAUUCUUCAAGGAGAGACGGUACUUACUGAAGGAAUUCCCAGAACUAGUCUCCCGUGGAGAAUGUUCUAAGGUUUUGGAGGUGGGAUGUGGCAAUGGCAGUACUGCUCUCCCAAUUUUGCGUGGCAAUGAACACAUCAUUGUUUAUGCAUGCGAUUGUAGCAGUGAGACUCUGGAGAGGGCUGAAGGGAUUAUAGAUGCCGCUACUUCUGCAUCUGUUAGACAUCGUUUCCAUACAUUCUAUUGUGAUUUUUCAAUAGUUGGUUUUCCAAAGUGGUUGGCCUGCCAUACCUGCCAGGAAGUUUUUCUGCAAAAACAGCAAAGUUUCUUGUCAGAUGUGAAAGAAAGUAAUGGAAGUUAUUUUAAUGAUUCGUGUCCACCGGAAGAAAGUGGCUGUUGCAUUGGUGGUGUGGAUUUUGUUACCUUGAUAUUUACUCUAUCAGCUGUACCAUUCCAGAGGAUGCCAACAUCCAUCAAGGAGUGCUUUUCCGUUUUAAAGCCAGGAGGCAUGCUCUUAUUCAGGGAUUAUGGUCUAUAUGAUAUGACUAUGCUUCGAUUUGAGUCUGAUCAAAGAGUAGGGUUCAGGGAAUACAUGCGAUCGGAUGGAACCCGUUCUUAUUUCUUCUGUUUAGAUACCAUAAGAGAUCUCUUUGCAGGUGCCGGCUUCAUUGAGCUUGAGCUUGAAUAUUGUUGUGUUAAAUCUGUGAAUCGCCGAAAUCAGAAGAGCAUGCGGAGAGUAUGGGUUCAUGGGAAGUUUCAGAAGCCCAUGUGAAGUGAUUUGUCAGAGAUACCUCUGUUGUUGAGGUACCAUUUGAAGAGUUGAUGAAUUUUUCUUACCCUACGGUUUAGGGCUGCAAUCGAGUAGAGUCGAGCUGAGUAUUGUUCAAGCUCUGUUUAUUUAAUUUUAUUUUGAACAAGAGUUGAACUCAAGCUAGAUAAUUUGUUCAAGCAUGACUCAUUUAUUUUUCGAGCAAAUUCGAGCUUGUUCACGAACUUCUUAGUCAACUUAUUCAUUUCUUCUAUAAAGUAAAUAUCAGGAUUGUUUUUUUUU